AUGGUUGUUGAUAUGCUAGGUUCAUUCGUCUCUGCCUUCCUGCAAGUUCUGUUGGAUAGGAUAGCUGGUCAUGAGCUUAUAGACUUCUUCCGGGGCAACCAUCUUGAUGAGGCACUUCUUGUGAAGUUGAAGAUGCUUUUGCUAUCCGUCACUACAGUGAUUAGUGACGCUGAGGAGAAACAGUUUAUUGAUCCCUUGGUGAAAGAGUGGGUUGAUAGGCUUAAAAAUGCUGCCUACGAUGCUGAUGAUGUCUUGGAUGAGAUUGCCACUAAAGCCAUGCAAGACAAGAUGGAUUCUGGUUUUCACACCACCUUAGAUCAGGUAAGAGAUUAUGCUUCUUCUCUCAAUCCCUUUGCUGAACGAGUUAAAUCAAAAGUUGAUAGGAUUGUUGAGAGGUUGAAAUCUAUAAUAGAGCAUAAAGAUCUUCUUGGUCUUAAGGAAAAUGGUGUUGAUAAAUCACUCCAUUUAGCUUCAGCCACAACUUCUUUGGUGGAUGAACAUCGAGUGUAUGGCAGAAGUGGUGAUAGGGAGAAGAUAAUUGAUUUUCUGUUAUCAGGCAACUCAAAUGAAGAAGGGGUUCCUGUGGUUGCAAUUGUUGGGAUGGGAGGGGUAGGUAAGACUACUCUUGCUCAGCUUUUGUACAAUGAUGUGAGGGUGAGGAACCAUUUUCAAUCAAGAUCAUGGACCUCCGUUUCAGAGACAUUGAACGUGUAUGAAAUAACCAAAAAAGUUUUUGAGUCAUUUACUUUGUGGUAUUCUAAUAUCUCAGACUUGAAUGUACUCCAAAUCAAGCUCAAGGAUAGAUUUACAAGACAGAGGUUUCUACUUGUUUUGGAUGGAUUUCAGAAUGAGAACUUUCUUGACUGGGACAUCCUCCAAAGGCCCUUUCUAUCAGGAACCAGCGGAAGUAGAAUUGUUGUCACCACACGUAGUCAAAGUGUUGCAACGGCAAUUCGUGUUGAUUUAACUCAUUCCCUCUCGCUUCUGUCUCAUGAAGAUACAUGGAAGUUAUUCUCAAGUCAUGCAUUCAAAUCAGGAAACCCGGAUGAACAUCCUGUCUUGACACAAAUUGGCAAGAAAAUAGUAAAGAAGUGCAAUGGUCUCCCUCUAGCUGCAAAAACACUAGGGAGUCUCCUACGUUCUAAAGAGGAUGCUGAGGAAUGGGAAAGUAUAUCUAAUAGUAGGAUAUGGGAUUUACCAAGUGAUAAGAGUAGCAUUCUUCCUGCUUUAAGAUUGAGCUACACUCAUCUACCUUCUCAUUUAAAGCGAUGCUUUACUUAUUGUUCCAUAUUUCCUAAAGGCUAUGGAAUAAAAAAGUGGAACUUGAUCCAUUUAUGGAUGGCUGAAGGUAUCUUGCCACAACCAAAGACUGGGAAGCGAAUGGAAGAUGUAGGAGAUGAAUGCUUUCAAGAGUUGCUAUCUAGGUCAUUCUUUCAUCAGUCAUCUCACCACAUAUCGUGUUUUAUGAUGCAUGACCUUAUCAAUGAUCUAGCACAGUGUGUUGCAGGUGAAUUCUGUUACAAGCUAGAUGAUGAUAAUCCAAGCAAAAUCACUGUGAGUGUUCGUCAUUUAUCAUAUUUACAAGGCAUAUAUGAUCAUGACCCUGAAAAAUUUGAGGCCCUCGCUGAACUUAGGACCUUCCUACCAUUUAGAUUCUCAGACUUUGGUUACUCCUCUUCAAUUACUAGUAUGGUUUCAAUUCUAUUACCAAAACUGAAACGCCUGCGUGUGCUCUCUUUGUCUCAUUAUCCAAUUACCAAGUUGCAUGAUUCUGUUGGAAACUUAAUGCAUCUGCGGUACUUGGAUCUUUCUUACACUGCAAUUGAGCAUCUACCUGAUUCUGUAAGCACUUUGUAUAACUUGGAGACACUCUUGUUGUUAGGUUGUCGUCGACUCACCAUGUUACCAGCAAACAUGUCCAACCUUGUCAACUUGCGCCAUCUUGAUAUUAGUGGAAGCAGGGUGACUGAGAUGCCAGCAAAAUUUGGUAGACUAAAAUCUCUCCAAGUUUUGACUAGUUUUGUUGUUAGCAGUGACGGGGGAUCAAAAGUUAGUGAGUUGGGGGAGCUUUCUGAACUUCAUGGAACACUUUUGAUUGUGAACCUGCAGAAUGUAGUUGAUGAAAGAGAAGCCUUGAAUGCAAGGUUGAGGAGAAAGAAACAUCUUCAAGAGCUAGAAUUCAAGUGGACGACUACAACUCAUGAUGUACAGAGUGAAACUAAUGUACUCGAAAUGCUAGAGCCACAUCAAAAUGUGAAAAGGCUCAAAAUUCAGAAUUUUGGUGGUAAUAAGUUGCCAAAUUGGUUGGGGAGUUCUUCAUUCUCUAGUAUGGUGUUUCUAUAUCUUUCAGAGUGCGGAAGUUGCUUGUCAUUGCCAUCCCUUGGACAAUUGCCCUCCCUCAGAGAACUCUAUAUAGCAAAGAUGACAAGCCUACAGAAGGUGGGUCCUGAAUUCUAUGGGAAUGCAGUUGAGCCAUUCAGAUCAUUGAAGAUCAUGAAGUUUGAGGACAUGCCCAACUGGAAAAAGUGGUCAACCAUUGAACUUGAACAAAGUGGGGGGUUCCCUUCACUCCAAGAGCUUUACAUACAGAGAUGUCCUAAACUGACCAGAAAGUUACCUCAUCAACUUCCUUCAUUGGAUAAAUUAGUGAUCACUGCAUGUCAAGCUCUCACAGAUUCAAUGCCAUGGGUUCCAAGAUUGAGAGAAUUAGAGCUAACUGGUUGCGAUGCAUUGGUAUCAUUAUCUGAGCAAAUGAUGCAGGGAAACACAUGUCUUCAAAUCAUGGCCAUAAACAAUUGCUCAUCUCUAGUCACCAUCCCUAGGGAUGGCCUACCAAGUACACUAAGAUCACUUGAAAUCUAUGAGUGCAGGAAUUUACAACUAGUCCAUCCUAAGAGUUUGAUGCAGGAGUCUCACUACUAUCAUUCCCUUGAGAGAUUACACUUAAAAAGUUGCUGUGAUUCUCUCAUCUCCUUUCCAUUAUCACUCUUCACCAAGCUUGAAGAACUUCAUGUACAAGACUGUAGCAAUCUCCAGUUGAUUUCAUCUGCUCCAAACAGUCUCCCAUAUCUUCGAAAGUUGAAACUGAAGGAAUGCUCCAAACUGGCUUGGUUCCCUGAAGGAGGGUUGCCUGCAAUGACAUCACUGACUUCUCUUCAUAUCAGUGGACUUCCCAGUCUCACUUCACUAGAGCACACUGGAAUUCAGUACAUUGCCUCUCUCAAAAUUCUGAAGAUUAAAGCUUGUGAUAACCUUGCAUCCCUACCUUUACACAGAUUAGUUACCUCCCUUUCUCAUCUUACCAUCAGAGCAUGCCCAUUGUUAACGUUGCUGUGUGGAAGGUACACAGGGGAAUACUGGGAUAUGGUUUCUCGUAUACCCUCUAGAGUUAUUGAAGAUUAG